ACCGCCUACCUCGGUCUCUUCUCAGCUGAGGGUCGCUUCUCUCCCUCGCCCUGUUUCCCAGUGAAAACAACAAGUUGUGUUAAAAUCACUUUACAGCCUCGAACACGGCGACUUUACGGAGGAGCUGAGCCCCGGUGUUGUCCAGAUGGCCUCACAUGGAUUGAGUUAAACCUGUAAGAUGGAGGAAGCUGGACACAGAGGACGGAGGAAUAAAAAAGCCCCUGUGGGCACAACACUGCUCCUCAUGUGCAUGAUCGUUCCCACUUUGGCGAUUUCGCAACCUUUAGUGAAGCCCACAUGUUCACCUGAAGAAUACUCCACUGACAAGGGAAUUUGUUGCAACAAAUGUUCACCAGGAUAUAAGCUUGUAGAGAAGUGUAAUGCUAUCGGUCACAGAAGUAAAUGUGCACCAUGUCUCCCGGGACAAUUCAUGGAUCAGCUUAAUUUCUACCCCAACUGCAAAAGUUGCAGAAUCUGUAGAGCAUCAAAGCAUGAACAUACUUUAACAAAAUGUGUGAGUAAGCAAAACACUAUUUGUGAGUGUGAUAGCGGUUAUUACCGAUUUCACAUCGACUCACAAGCAUACGAGUGUCGCAAAUGUGCACAGUGUGCACCUGAUGAAAAGGAAAAGCAAAACUGCACACCACUGAAAAACACUGUUUGUGAAUGUAAGGAGAACUACUACAGAGUCAAAAACAAGUGUGAACCCUGCAAGAGUUGCACCACUGAGUGUGAACAUUACUGUUCAGGUUCUAGCAUGAAUACAAAAGCUCCCGACACAGGGAAGGAAUUUCUGACAAACAUAAUUGCUGGAGUUGUUUCUGUGGCUCUUUUGUUGUUGGGGCUGGUCGCUCUCAUCACUCACCUGGUCACUAAACGGUCCAUCAAGAAGAAGUUGGUAAAGCCGUCCCACCACGAUGAUUCUCCGGACCCUUGCGAGUUGAUCCUGUGCAGUAGUGAAGAAUGUUCAGAAAACAGCAAUGUCGAAACCACUCCCAACAGCCCUGUGAGUGAACAGCAGCCAUCCAAUCUGCCUGACUGUGUCCCCCUGGAAAUCAAGAUCACUGACCUAAUCUACUCAGUGUUGGAACUAGUUCCUGCGCUGCAGGUGAAGCAGCUGGUGCGUACUCUAGGUGUGAGGGAUACAGAGAUCGAACAAGCAGAGCUGGAUCACCGGUUCUGCAAGGAGGCUCACUACCAGAUGCUGCGGUUGUGGGCUGAGAAAGUGUCUCGUGCAGAUGGAGGAGGAGAAAGUGGACUACUGCACUUGUCUUUGUUGCAGGAGUUGUUGGACAAACUGAGAACGAUGCGCCUGGGAGGGGUGGCCGAGGAGCUGGAGACAAAGUACAGCAUCCAGUAAUUCACCAACGCCAGCCGAAGCUUGUGAAACCAAGUAUUGUUCUCUUUGGAGACACCCUCACAGACAGCCUCAAAGCAAAAAGACACGGUGCUACCACCAAAGCAGCAGUUCUAGUUCAAAGCAAACCAGCAUGACUGAGUGAUCUACCUCUUGUUCCCAUCACCCACUAAGACAACAAGACCAAACUACUGAGAGGGACUGAGGGAAACAUUCAGGGAGGGGGAGCCUCUGAAAAAGGAUUUUGCAUUGAUAAAUUCUGCUCAACCCUUUGUAUAUUCAGCACUGCAUGUGUAUGUGUACUUAUGUAUAUUUUUUAAAGUUUAAAGAAUAGACAUUUUGGGUAAUGGGCUUUUUUUUUCUUCCAAGUGUUAGAUGAGAAGAUUGAUAUCACAUUCCAAAUGUGAACAUUCUCUUGCUUUUCUCAUCAAACUCAUCCAGUCAGAGAGCGUAUAUAUAAUAUAAUCACAAUAAUAUAAUUAGUGUUGAUGAAGAUCUUUUUAUACACAGUAUCUAAGAUGCGGCGUUGCAUUAGUAUUACUGCACUGUAUGCCUUUGGCGGGGUAUGGGAAUAAUAGCCUUUAUCAUUUCAUACUAGACUGGUCACUUGUUACUAUACAGAAUACAUCCACUGAUGUCAUUUGUACAAAAUCACAUUUUCAUGUGGCCUUAUCAACUUUUUAUUGGACAGCAAACCUUUUUAUUAAUAUCUGCCAUAUAAAGAGUUUGCCAAUUAAAUUCCUCCAUUUCUGUCAGAAGUCUCAGUUGCAAGGUGACAAGGUGCUGGACGCUUUGGAAGCUAUUUGUAACUUUUUACUGUAUUCCCUACCCUCUGUCCAGGGGCAGAUCCAUGGGCGAGGCCGGGUAAAAUCUGAUUUGCCCCUGAUGGGCCAUUUCUUGUCAGUAGUCUUACUUAUUAUUGUUAAAGUAGCCUCUCACUAAUAAUUAGUUAUUGUUGCUAAGAAUUUUUAUUUUCUAAGCUAUUUUGAUGGACACAUUGCGCUUGAUCAAAGAACAAUUUUCAAAAUGUAUUGAUGUGUGCCUUUGCUCUAAGCUUUAGCGCAAAUUAUAAACAAGGAAUGACUUAUAUGUGCACCUUACUGAAUCAGGACCUGUGAAAGGACGGUGGACAUAAAAUUGGCCCCUCUCUGUCAUUUGUGGCCCCUUUCUGGACCCCUGAUUCCCUGGAUCCACCAAUGUCUCUCCCCUGCACUUGGCUCUUUACAACAUCCCGAUGUCAUACAGGCACAAAAAGCCAGAAAAAUAUACUUAAAAGUUGCAGCUGUGUUUAAAUAUAUAAUAUAAAUUUAUAUUCUUUUCAUUGUUUUUGUUUUAGCAGAAGAAGCACAACUUUUAACAGAGUUUAUUUACCCUCUACCACAAAGAUAACUGUUAUUGUUUUAGUAGUUCCUGCUUAUCGUGGGAUUUUACAAUCUUCACAGCCCCAUUAGAAUUCCUGUAAGCCCCAUUAUAUAAGCAUUAUUCAUGACUGUUGGACAGAACAGAACACACCUUGUCUAGGUCUGUCUCAGCCAAGUAACUUUUACGAGACCAGUUCCAGCCUGCAGAUUCAGAUAUGAAUCAUUCGUGCUCUCUCAGUUUGGAGACUUGUCAUUCCAAAGCAAUGUCUCCCUGUUUGUAUUGUACAUUAUGAGAUGGAAACAUAUAUCGAGCCAAAAAGCAAUGCUGAGCAGCAAUUAUGAUCUUUGAAUGUUCAAA